GGACGAACCUCAGCGAUGUGGAAUUUCAAGACUUUACCAUGUCUGCAAUGAUGUUGUUGCUGUUGGCUGCGGUGCUGGGGUUGACGUCGGCCGCCACGGACAUCAAGAUCACCGGUCACUGGGAUGGAGGCUUCAAUGGUCAAUUCUGCAUCACACUGACUCAGGAGUUGCACGGCUGGAAGGCUCACCUGGUGUUUGACCAUGAGGUCAAGACACUACAAUUGAGCCAAGCGGAUGUGGUGGAGACGCGCGACAACAACAAAGAAUUCGUCCUCAAGAACAAGGACUGGAAUAAAGAUGAACAGGUGGGACAACAGCUGUGUGUCAACUUCAUGGGCACGACUGACGGCAACGUCGACAUGAGAGGCACCGUGUUCAUUGAGAACGUCCAGGGAGGUGCCACGUUACAGCCGACACAGUCGCCGGUCCAGACACAGGCGCCGACACAGUCGCCGGUCCAGACACAGCAACCUGUGACCACGCCCGCCAGCCAGACACAGGCACCCGUGCAGUCUGGAAGUAGCUCAGCCAAGUACGACUACCAGAAAGCACUUGGUCUCUCCAUUCUCUUUUACGACGCGCAGCGAUCAGGCAAACUUCCGGCUAACAACCCCAUCCCUUGGCGAGGUGACUCCGCGCUCGGUGACAAGGGAGAUAAUGGCGAGGAUCUCACGGGCGGCUGGUAUGAUGCCGGCGACCACGUCAAGUUUAACCUCCCCAUGUCCUCCUCCGCGUUCAUCCUGUCCUGGGGGCUGUCUGUGUGGAAGGAUGGCUAUACGGCCGCGGGUCAGCUUGACCAGAUGUACGACAUGUUGAGGUGGCCACUGGACUACCUCCUCCGGUGCUGGAUCCCGAGCAAGGAGGAAUACUACGUACAGGUGGGAGAUGGCGGCCCUGACCAUGCAUACUGGGGAAGACCGGAAGACAUGACCAUGGCUCGGCCAGCUUUCAAGGUCACGGCCAGUAAACCCGGAAGUGACGUAUCAGCUGAGACGGCCGCUGCCUUUGCUAUGGGAUCUGUCGUAUUCAAAGACAAGGACCCUGCAUUCUCCGCCAAGCUGCUAAGUGCGGCCAAAACCCUGUACGACUUCGCCAAGAAGUACCAAGGUAUCUACAGCAACAGUGUCAACCAGGCCGCCGGAUAUUACAGGUCGAGUCACUUCAAGGACGAGCUGUGUACCGGAAGUGCCGUUCUGUACAAGGUGACCGGGGAGGCAAAGUAUCUAGCCGAUGCCAAGAGCUUUAACACUGACGAAGUCCCAUGGGGGUAUUCCUGGGAUGACACGAAAAUUGCAUGUCAGCUGCUGUUAUUCGAGAUCACCAAGGACGCCAGCUACAGCAAGCAGGUGGAGGCCUUCAUGACGAGCUGGAUGCAAGGCGGGUCAGUUCCCUACAGCACGUGUGGCUUGGCCAUCAGAGACAAGUGGGGCACGCUCAGAUACGCAACCAACUCCGCGUUCAUCGCCCUGAUGGCGGCCCACGACGGCAUCAACUCCAAAGUGUACCAGCAGUGGGCGGAAGGCGAAAUCGACUACGUCUUUGGGGACAACCCUUCACACAUGAGCUACCAGAUCGGCUUUGGCAGCAACUACCCCAAAAGGCCGCAUCACAGAGGCAGCUCCUGCCCCGACCGUCCGGCCAAGUGCGACUGGCAAGCCUUCAGCAACCCUGGCCCUAACCCUCAGCUCCUCAAGGGGGCUAUGGUAGGGGGUCCUGAUGCCUCCGACACAUACGCCGACAAACGGGACGACUACGUCAAGAACGAGGUUGCCUGCGACUACAACGCCGGCUUCCAGUCCAGUCUUGCAGCACUGGUGUCUCUAGAUGCGAGCAAGAAGCUGCCCCCCGCCCCUGCAGCCAAGUGUUAGAUACACAACUCGUACUGUAGACAAGAAAGAAUAAAACACAUUCUUUUGGUC